UAUCUCAAUUGUUUACUAACACAGUAGUAUAGUCUCUAUCCUCAUCUCUGUACAUAUCAGUUGUAGUUUUCUAAUUAGUUUGAUUACAAACCUGCUAAUUAAGUCUGAAGACCUGGUCAGUUUCACAAAGAUACACGUGUGCUGGCAUGGAAUUAGUUUGAUAAAAAAUAUAUUUUGAAAUCAGUGAAUUGGAAUUCCUUUGUUACCUGAAGAUUGUGUGAAACAUUAUCAAAAACUAUUUUUGUAUUUGUGUGUUUGCUUUAUUAAAAGAUGCAAAUGAUGAUAAGUGUGCAUUGUUAAAAAGGACAAUACAUUAACAAAACUAGGUUCAGAAACAAACCACCUGCAAAGACAUGAACAGGAUCUAUAAUAAAGCAAUGCAACUCCGUGGUCACCCGUUCGUCAUCUUAACAUAUGAGGAACAUCACUAAAAUACUUUAAACAUGGAUGACGAACAUGAUUUUUUAUACUCGGCUGGACAAAUAGAACAACUGUUAAAAUGUGCAGUAUGUCUUGAUAGAUUUACCAAUCCAAAAAUAUUACCAUGUCAACAUACUUUUUGUUCUACUCCAUGCUUAGAAGGACUUGUCCAUCCGAUCACGAGAUACAUUAAAUGUCCAGAAUGCCGUGCAGAACAUCGUGUACCGUACGAAGGAAUAAGAGGAUUUCCGAAUAACAUUACUAUUCAAGGAUUUCUUGAUCUGCGCUCUCAAAGAAACCAAAACAGGCACCAAGAACAAACGGGAGGAGCAAUUGGAAAUGUAGAUCAGGGACAUCACAGGGCGAAUACCGCAGCGGAAGCGGCAGCAGAUGCCGCAAGUGCAUAUAUAAAUGCCGUCGUUGAUGAGCAGACACCCGCAGUAGCUGCGGCAUCACGAAGUGGUUGCGCAGUUUGUGGCCGUGAAGCGUUUUUGGCUCGAUGUGAUCACUGUGACAUGAUUGUCUGUGUUUCAUGUCAAAACUCUCACACGGAACAAAUUAAACUAGAUAUUGUCCGUCUGACGGGACAGAUAAGACGCGGUCUCCCUACUAUAUCUAACGCUAUUAGUAGUAUUGAGAGAAAGUCUACACAAAUUCGACAGAGAACGGAAGCUAUCAAAUCCGAUAUUUCAGAAGCAACCGAACGUUACAUGAAUGAAAUUAGAAACAGACAACGUCUUCUUAAUGGUGAAGUUGAAAUGUUUUUGCAAGGAGAGACCAGAUCUUUGUCAAUGCAUGUUGAAAAUCUUGAAGUUGAAAUAGCGAGUAUUUCUAGUUUUAGUGAUACGACGGAUUCGUCUCUAGCUCGGUCUCAGGCAAACAUUCCUAUUCGGGAUUUAGUCGAUAUACGAAGACAAUGUGUAGAAUACAUGGAAGCCUUAAGAGGCUACGAGAAUGGAAAUUUCGAGGUUCCCAGAGAGCGAUAUCUACAGUUCAUUGUCGAAGAAAACAGACUGCUAAAUGCAAUAACAAACUAUGGCGAAGUGGUUAUUUCCAAUGUUCCACCAGAAUCUGCAACUCCGUCAAGAGAAGAAUCGCCCCAAGAUGCACCAGCAUCACAGUCGACACCUAUCGUAACUUCGUCACCAGCAAUACCAGUUUCUUCGACAAUAUCAUCUGCUAUGACUUCAACGCCUUCGUCGAUUUCGACGUCAUGGGCGCCUUCAAUGGAGGCAGUAGAUCGCGCAAUCGCUUUGAUACGAUCUGGAGGUCGAGAUGAUUUUCAAACACCAAGUCCCGGACGCUCUCUGACUCCAGAAUUCAGACCCCUUCCACCAAAUGGUGGCACAACACAUCGUCGAAGUUUACAAGAGCGUAGGCGACAUCACAUGACUGAUAGCAGAAUAGCAGGUUUGUUGAGUGGCAGUGCUCCUUCCGUUUAUCAUCGAACAGCCACUCAGCCAAGAAGACAAAGAAGUUUAACCACAGGUGCGACAUUAAUGGAUAUACAUGGAGCAUCUGGAUUUUACCAAAGGCCAAUGCAACACUCAAUUGAAGAAGAAGAACCCGCACUCGUUUAUGCUAAUGCGCGUAGUCGGACUUUUGAAGAAGAGGAAGGUCAAGAGCCGGGACAUCAAUUGUCUCGUGUUAGUUCGGCUGAAGCGAGACUUAGAUCAAGGCCUGCUGUAAGAUUUGAUAUAAAUGGCUCUGGAGAUUCGGAUUCCGGAGAAGACCCAAUUAUGAAUUUGCAACGUGUGUCUUUUCAAGGAAAUGAAAGUACAAUGGUUUCUGAGGCGAUAAAUAACUACCAGGACAAAGGUCGGGCUAUUAUAAGGUUCGGAACAAGAGGUAGUGAUGAAAUGCAGUUCACAUGGCCACGUGGUGUUGCAGUUUCGGGUCGUGAUAAUACAAUUCUUGUUGCAGACAGCAGCAACCACAGAGUGCACGUUUUCGAUUCAGUAGGACGCUUCACUAAAACUUUUGGAUCAUACGGUCAAAGUGACGGCGAGUUCGAUUGCUUAGCUGGUGUAGCUGUGAACACUUUCGGACAAAUAAUCACAUCUGAUCGCUAUAACCAUAGAAUCCAAGUAUUUGAUCACAAUGGAACGUUUCAGCAUAUGUUCGGGGAGGAAGGUGUAGACAAUGGUCAACUCCUGUAUCCUUGGGGCGUUGCAUGUGAUAAAAUGGGUUUCAUUUAUAUAUGUGACAAAGAAAAUCACAGGGUACAAGUAUUCCAAGCGAAUGGUAGUUUUGUUCGUAAGUUAGGAGGACUUGGGCAUAGGUUUGGUCAAAUGGAAAACCCUCACUAUCUAGCGAUAAGCCCCGACAAUCGCAUCUAUGUAAGCGAUAGUAGUAAUCACCGGAUACAAAUCUUUAGUAUGUAUGGUGACUUCCUGUUUAGCUUUGGAUCGCCAGGAACUAUGCAAGGACAAGUCAAGUUCCCUAAGGGAAUUGCUAUUGAUGACCAAGGCUUUGUUGUGGUGGCGGAUAGUGGCAAUAAUCGUAUUCAAGUGUUCCAUGGCGACGGACGAUUCUAUUGUAUGUUUGGGACUUAUGGGAGUGGAAAUGGUCAAUUCAAAGGGUUAGAAGGUGUCGCCAUCUUAGCAAACGGAAAUGUGGUUGUUAGCGACCGGGAAAACCAUAGGAUACAAAUUUUUUAAAGGAUGCAGCUAAUGUAUAUAUAGUUUUUGAGUAGAAAAAAAAGACUCAUCAUACAAAUUGUGAACAGCUCGUUACACGACAAUGAGCUAUGAGUUGUACGACCAAUUGGUCUUGAAAGCAUAAUCAUUUUAAAAAAUUGUCAUAUUUAGUGCUAUCUGAAAUUCAUUUAUUGAAUCUGGGUUUUUUUACAAAAUUAUUAUAAAUUCAUUGUGAUAUUUGUACAUGUAUUGAUCAUACAUAAUAGUUGAAGAGUUUCGAGAUUCAUUAAACUUAAACUGUAAUAACCCUAAGAGGCUAUUUUCCGAGUGCUGUAAACAUAUUUCAAUAUUGUUUCCCGUACAUUCAUACAUGCAUUUCAAUACUAAUAAUUUGAAUGGUAAAUUAUGAACAUGGAAAUAUCCAUGCCAUUCACAUUUGUGUUUUCUUUUUUCAUUUAUUCAUUUAUUAAUUUAUGAUUCGUCUAUGUAAAAUUUAUAAAACAAAGGGAAAAUCAUUUGUAUCAAAUUGUACCAUAUCAAACACUACGAUAUGCAUAUAUAGUAAUUUAGAGGCCUAUAAAUCAAAUCUUAGCAUUCGGAACAUAAAUUUCGUUCGAACUUUUGUUUUUACCACACUGAAAGUAGCAGUGUCGUCGUAUAUCGUCCAGGCAAUGUAAUAGUACGUUUGCCACUGAGUGUUAACCAAACCACGGUCUAUAUAAACAAGCUUUUUAAACGGAUCCUACUCCGUCUUUGAGUUUGUUUAUUUCGCGCAAAGCUUGCAAAAGUAGACUAGAAUUCAUGUUAGGAAUAUAUUGAUACUUUUUUGCUGCCAGUUUUUUGCUUCAGUUUUUUCCCCCCGUUUUUUAUUCCUUUAUAAGCGAUUUUUUUCUGUUCUACAAGAUUUUGAAUAUAUUUAAAAGCGGUAUAAAUGAAUUGUCAGCAAUGUGCUGUACAAAUUAUGUGAAAUAUGGCCAAUACUUCUGUAUUUAUAGUCUUAGGGAUAUAUUAGCUAAAGGUUGGAAAGAAUACCUGGCCACCAGGCAGUCACGUUCCUCUUGUGCAAUGCUCGAGGUGCAAUGUUUUACAAUAGAUGUUUUAUGAUUUAAGUUUAUGUAUUGAUAUGGUUUUUAUAUGCAAUGUAGAAUUAGUUUUAUUGAACGUGCUCACCAUUUAUUGAAAUUAUUUAAUGAAGAACCUUAGCACUAAAUCAGUGUAGAUAACUUUAUUUUAGUACACUAGUUCACAGUUUGUGUAUUUUCAAAAAAAGAACAACCAAUGUUAUAAUAAUUAAUUAUUUUUGAAUUGGAAUAUUUUCUUCAUGUGGACACUUUAUUUAAUCAAGAUAUAGAGCUCACCAUCUGACGUAUACAAGGCGUAGAAAGUCGAAAAAGUCAAGACAUUAGGACCUUUUUUAGAUCUCAACAAUAUGGCAAAGCUGUUUAUGAUAUGCUAUGUCUAUACAAUCUUAUGAUCAUUAACAAGCUUCUGUUAAAAAUUCAGGAUAAAGUGGCGGAUCCAGAAUUUUCAUAAGUGGGGGCACUCUGACUGACCUAAGAGGGGGCCCGCGCCAGUCACGUUUCAGUGAUUCCCUAUAUAAGCAACCAUUUUUUUUCAAAAAGGGGGACCAGGCCCCCCCCCUAAAUCCGCCUAUGGGAUAGUUCGAGAAAGUUAUUAAAAUUAAACCUUGAGAGAAGCUUGUUUAUGAAACUUAGACAACAGCAAAAGUAGGCGAGCCACUGGUAACGCAGAACACUUACGAUUUUCUUUCUUAGAUAUAGGUUUUGAUAUAAUAAAUUUAUCUAACAAGAAAACAUUAAUUAAGAUUUUUCACUUUUCUGUUGCUCUAUAUAUCUGUAACGGUUAUUGUGGAGACAUAUUGACAUACAUGUUUGACCAGUCAUUAUACAGUAUUAAAUUAAACUAUGUCUAUUCUGUGCCAAUUCUUAAAAUGCUAAUCAGAUGUAUUUUUUUUUUUGUGUUAUUUUGUUUUUGUUAUUAAAUUAUGAUGUGUUAUCGUUA